AUGAAGUUCCAAAACCUUGCUUCCGUCCUUGCCCUUUCUGGCCUUUCAAUGGGUGCUACGUCAACAGACACCGCCUCUGCUGCUGUCACUACAUACUCCCUUGUCAUCUCCAGAUACGGUGCAUUUUUCACCAAGGUGAUGACUUCCACCGUUGGCCAGUCUAUCGACUAUGUGAAUCAGUAUGUGAGUGACAGCAACAUCCUUGCUUAUACUAUUGGUGAUUCAUCUGGUUCGGCUUCUUUCUACAGCAGGGCUUCAGUCCUGGCAUCCGAGUCGUCUGCUUCGGCAGCUAGUGCAAAGGCCACAGCCACCACUACCACAGAAUCCAGCUCUUCUGAGAAGGAGACUUCUACCUCGGCCUCUGAAACUAGCACAGAGUCGUCCUCAUCGUCGACCAGCAGCUCUAACGGAGCAGCAGGUUUGCAACUGGGAACAAUUUCCGCUGCUAUGGGUCUAUCUGUCUGUCUUAUGUUGCUAUAA